UCGCAGAGCCUGGAGCAGAGGUGUAACCGCAUCCUGAGGAACAUGGAGGCCUCGCUGACGGCCCGCGAUCGAGUUGGGAUUCAGGACUUUGUUCUGCUGGACGCUUACACCAGUGAGACGGCGUUCCUCGACAACCUGAGGAAGCGCUUCCACGAAAACCUCAUUUAUACUUACAUCGGCACGCUCCUGGUCUCUGUGAACCCUUAUAAAGAAUUAGACAUGUACACCCAGAAACAAAUGGACAUCUACAUGGGGGUCAACUUCUUCGAGCUCCCUCCUCAUAUCUAUGCUCUUGCAGAUAAUGCAUUUCGAACCAUGUUGUCAGAGUUCAACAACCACUUCAUUCUCAUCUCCGGAGAGAGUGGGGCUGGAAAAACUGAAGCCUCAAAAAAAAUCCUGCAGUUUUACGCCGUCAGCUGCCCCAGCACCAAACUCCUGAACAACAUCCGAGACCGACUGCUCCUGUCAAACCCAGUGCUGGAGGCUUUUGGAAAUGCUAAAACACUGAAGAACGACAACUCAAGUCGCUUUGGGAAGUACAUGGACAUCCAGUUUGACCACCAGGGUGGAGCUGUCGGAGGUCACAUCCUCAGUUACCUCCUGGAGAAGUCGCGUGUCGUUCACCAGAAUCACGGGGAGAGAAACUUCCACAUUUUCUACCAACUGGUGGAGGGAGGGGAGGAGGAGCUGCUGCGGUGGCUCGGCCUGGAGAGGAACUGCCAGCACUACAGUUACCUCAUGCAGGGGAACUGUCCCAAAGUCAGCUCCAUCAACGAUAAAAGUGAGUGGAGAACAGUGCGAGAUGCUCUGUCGGUGAUAGAGUUCAGUGAGGAUGACAUUGAGAACCUAUUUGCAAUAAUCGCCAGUGUUCUUCAUUUGGGGAACAUCAAAUUUGAAGCCAGUGCUCAAGGAUAUGCCACGAUAAACAACAACCAGCAGGUCCACUGGGUGUCGAAGUUACUCGGGAUUCCGGCCCCUGUGCUCCAACACGGUUUAACCCAUAAGAAGAUUGAAGCCAAAUCAGAGGAGGUGCACAGUCCCUUUUCUGUGGAUCACGCUGUUUAUGCCAGAGAUGCACUCGCCAAAGCCAUUUACGGCCGGACUUUUAACUGGCUGGUCAACAAGGUGAACGAGUCCUUAGCAAACAAAGACUCUUCUAGAAAAACAGUAAUUGGUUUGUUGGACAUUUAUGGGUUUGAAGUGUUCAGUGUGAACAGUUUUGAACAGUUUUGCAUCAACUACUGCAAUGAAAAGUUACAGCAGCUCUUCAUCCAACUGACUCUGAAAUCUGAACAAGAAGAGUAUGAGAUCGAAGGGAUUGAAUGGGAACCAGUGCCGUACUUCAACAACAAAAUCAUCUGUGAUCUUGUGGAGGCAAAGCACAAAGGCCUCAUCUCGUUAUUAGAUGAAGAGUGUUUACGUCCAGGUGAAGCCACGGACCUCACCUUCCUGGAAAAGAUGGAAGAAGAAAUUGGAAACCACCCACAUUUUGUUACACAUAAACUGGCAAAUCAGAAAACGAGAAAAACGCUGGAAAGGGGAGAUUUCCGCCUGUUGCACUACGCGGGGGAAGUCACAUAUUGUGUUGUAGGAUUCUUGGACAAAAAUAAUGACCUCUUGUAUCGUAAUGGCAAAGAGGUCAUGCGCCAGUCGUCAAACGCCAUUAUCAAGCUGUGUUUUCCUGCCACUGAACCAGACACCAAGAGGAGACCAGAAACUGUUGUGACACAGUUUAAAACCAGUCUGGUGGGUCUGACUGAGAUCCUGAUGUCCAAAGAGCCCUGGUAUGUCCGCUGCAUCAAACCAAACGAAUCAAAACAACCAGGACGCUUUGACGACGUGCUGGUGAGACAUCAGGUGAAGUACUUGGGUCUGAUGGAGCACCUCAGGGUGAGGCGCGCUGGAUUUGCUUAUCGUCGCAAAUAUGAGUUUUUCCUUCAGAGAUACAAACCGCUGUGUCCAGAGACGUGGCCGAACUGGAAGGGCACAGCCGCCGAGGGAGUGCUGUGCCUCAUUAAGUACUUGGGCUACACACGUGACGAGUACAAGAUGGGAAGAACAAAAAUCUUCAUCCGUCAUCCACGGACGCUGUUUGCAACAGAAGACGCCUUUCAACUCUGCAAACACAAACUGGCCACAAGAAUACAGGCCAAGUACAAAGGCUACCGCGUGAAAGGAGACUUCAUGAAGCAGAGAGAGGCUGCUACUAAAAUUGAGACCUGCUGGAGAGGUUUAAUGGCAAGAAAAGAGAAGGAAAAAAGACAGUGGGCGGUGAAAGUCAUCAAAAAGUUCAUUAAAGGCUUCAUGACCCGACACGAGCCCGCCUCUGUGGACAACAGUGAGUACCUCGCCCACGUGAGACAGAACUACCUCACACGACUCAAGGACAAUCUCCCCAGAACAGUCCUGGAGAAGGACUCAUGGCUCACCCCUCCUCCCAUAAUGCAACAGACAUCACAACUUUUGAAAAAGCUGUACAUUCGUCACAUGGUUCGUCUCUACACUCGAGGGAUUUCUCCACAGCGAAAAGCCCAAAUGCUGCUAAAGGUUCAGGCCAGCUCCAUAUUCAAAGGAAAAAAGGAGAACUACCCCUUCAGUGUUUGUGUGCCUUUUUGCAACACACGAAUCGCUGAAGAAGACAUAAGUCUCAAAGUUCUUCAGAUGAUUCGACCAGAGCGUAUUCAGUACAGCGUCCCUGUGGUGAAGUACGACAGAAACGGCUUCAGGCCACGCCUCCGACAGCUCGUCUUCACACAGGACGCGGCGUACCUCGUGGAGGACGCCAAGAUCAAGCAGCGAAUAGAAUUCAACUCACUCAAAGGUGUGUCCGUCAGCAACUUAAGUGACAACUUCCUGAUCCUACAUGUGAUCUAUGAGGACAUGAGGCAAAAUGACAACAAGCAAAAGGGGGACCUGGUUCUGCAGUGUGAUUAUCUGUUUGAGGCUUUGACACAGUUGUGCGUUAUUACGCAGAAGCAGGACUGUGUCCAGGUGGUGCAGGGCAGUGUGCGGUUUGACAUCCAUCCUGGGAGAGAGGGCUUUGUGGACUUUAAGAGCGGUCAGGAGUCCAUGGUCUACAGGGCGAAGAAUGGACACCUGAUGGUUGAAUCCAGGACCAAAUCCAGAAUCUGAAGCGUUUAUUUCACUCUGAUUUUGCACUUUCUCUGAUGAUGAGGCCA